UUAACUUUACUGUUUUGUUAUUGUCGGCAAGAUUUUUUUUCUGUUGUCAUCUUUUUCACGUUUUUUCAACAAGCUAUUAGACUAUGUAUUCACCGAAUGUCCAUCUUGUUUAAAAUGUAAACAAAGAACAAAUAAAACACUUCUAACCAGAUGCAAAACAGAGCAGAGUCUUAUCAAGAGUGGUUGCUAAAAUCUUACAUCAACCAAAUGUCUCAAACUCAUUCAAACACGGCACUCUCUUGGAGAAGGCUAUAUUUGAGCCGGGCGAAAUUAAAAGCUAGCAGCAGAACCUCAGCCCUUUUAUCUGGUUUUGCAAUGGUGGCCAUGGUUGAGAUUACCAUAUCAGCGGAGGAGAAAAAUCCUAUCCCAGAUGCACUGCUCAUUGUCUUUGGUAUUUGUACUACCCUUUUAGUAGUUGUACACUUGAUGGCCUUAAUGAUCAGUACUUGCAUCCUGCCGAACAUAGAGGCUGUCAGCAAUGUGCACAGUGUUCAGGCUGUCAACGAGUCUCCACAUGAUGAAAUGAGAGUCUGUGUAGAAAUGGCCUGGGUUUGCUCCACUGGUCUGGGCAUACUCCUCUUUCUCCUGGAGAUAGCCUUACUGUGCUGGGUCAAGUUCUUCACCAUCAGCCAGAACACUGCCAUUGCCUCUACUGUUAUAGUCAUCCCCGCUGGAAUUUUGUUCAUUGCCUUCUCGCUCAUGUUCUACAAAAGGCUGAUGGCUCACAAAUAUCAGAGGCAUACAGAAGGGCUGCGGGAGCUCGAUGAAAUGGCCAGAGAACUAGACAACAGAGGAGAUGGAGUAAAUAUAAUUUAAGACUGUGCUAUGUGAUGGUUACAGUGAUGCAAAAAUGUGUACAUUUUUUUUUUUUAAAUAAAAGUAAAAUAUGUUUGUGCUUGGAUUUGUGUGUGCUAUACUUUGAACAGCUGUUGUAAUCAGACUAUUGGGAGAUUUUAAACUUUAUGACGAGAUGUAACAUUAUUUUCUUAGAUUGUACAAAGUGGGCUGGUUCCUAAAGAAAUAAUUACCUAUAUAUAUAUUUGUAUUUACUUGAUUGGUUAAAAUGUUAACAGUUUGUAUGAGUGGGCAUCAUCUUUUGUGCUGCAGCAUAAGAUCUGUUAUUUUAUUUUUAGUAUUACUCGUGGUGGACAUUUUUUAAUAUGAUGAUCAAAAAUUUUAUCAAUUUUAAUGAUGAUAUGGACAUUGUGGCAAUCAUCACUUAGAUUACACAUUUUAUACCUUAUCUUUUAAAUCUUUUACCAUCAGUUUUCAUGUGAGUUUUUUGUUUGAAUUUGUAAAUAGGUAUUAAGUAAUUAUCAGCUCUGGUGAAGUAGAUCUUGUCUGAUGUGCAGAUUAUUUGCAUUGCUCAAUCUCUAACCUUAACUGACCUAGUCACAUCCUGACACUAUUUUCGUCACAUUUACAAUGUGUAUAUUCACUUAUUCUUCUGCAGUUAUUUAAAAGUCAAAGCAUCUGUUUGGGAAACUCUUUUUAUGAAGUUAAGUUUUGUUGUACACGUGACAAAUUUCAUUUGAUUUCUUAUCAGCAUGAAACAUAUUUAAAAUUUAUUUGUAACAAACAUUUAAUUUUGAAAAUUAUUUCUUAAAAAUUUAAGAUUUUCUGUAAUUCAAAUAAUAUACAGAUCAAUAACCUUCUUGGCAUUAUUGUUCAUAGACAACUUUAUGGCUUUGACACUUAAAUUUUUAUAGAUCUUUUGGGCUUAUCUUGAAUUUUAAUAAAAAUUAAAAGAUUCCAUAAAGAGAAGAAUCAGAAAAAGGAAAAUUCAGAUUUUUUUUCCCCCUUAAUAUCAGUGCAACAUUGUAUCAAUAUUUUGUAUAUUUUAAUAAUUUUAGAACUUUUCUUAGUGGAGCAAAAAAAAAUCAAUUUUCUGUUUUUCCUUUGAGCGAGCAUACUCCCAUUGUGAUACAAUUCAUUUUUUUUCUUUUUCAAUGGCGCUCUUAAUCUUUAUGUACAGGUAGCAGAAAAAAAGUAAUAAUUUCAAUAAAAUCAGAUGGUGUGACAGUUUACAGUGGGUGUUUGCUAGUCCAAAGUGGAAGUCAAACCCAAGUCUGUAGUGUCAGUAAUCAGUUCAUGUUCUUGAUCACAGUACUGUAGAAUACUGUCACAUGCAAAUACUUUUAUACACCGGUACCUAACUUUUGGUUGAAUAAAAGAAAUUAAAAGCUUUAAGUAUUUUUCAGAAUGUAUAAAUAAAUUAUAGGAAUAUUAACAUGAUCUGUCAAUGAAUAUUUAUUUUUUUGCAGCAAAAUCUUAGAUCUUUCAAAUUUUAUCUUAUACAUCACUCUGACAGUUUUUAUUUUGUUUCCUUUCUUUUUAAUUUAUAUUUCUUUGUUCAUACAUUUUUCUUAUGCUACACUGAAAUAAGAAAAUAAUAGGUAACUUGAAAAUAACUUUGGUAAAUAUCAGUUUUGCACUUACAACUGUUUAAAAUCUAAGUCAACUGAAUUAAAUAUUUUACAACUGCUAUGUCUUGUAUAUUUUGUGAGAACACUAAAAGAAUAAAUAUUCAUAAAGAUAUGAUUGUAUAUAGAUUUAUCUUUUGUUUCAGUGUUAUUCCCUCAAUAACAUGUUUAGGUAUUUAGGACAUGUGUGGCUGAGGGGUAAAAAAAGCAUUUAGUUGCAUGUAAGAAAUUUUUUGGCUCAAAUCCAGAGUCUGUCAGUGUUUACACUAUUGAAGUUGAAGUUAUUUUAUCUAACCCUCCCAAAAAAAAGUUUUGCUUGUUAGAUCAGAUACCAUACUCUCAUCACAGGCAUUUUUAACUUGAAAGAUUAUAGUUGGCAAAUGUCAACAUAUACCCCAUUAACUUUAUACUUUUCCUAUGACAAUAAAUAUUGAUAGAUCGUAUUUAGUUUUCUUUUUUAAGACAGUGGUUUCUUUUCAAUAUUCUAAUAAACUUGAAUAACAGUAGAAUUCUCAUACACUAACAAAUCUGGGCUCGUUAAUUUCCUGGUAUUUCCUUCAAACCAUUAAUUAAGGCAUGAUCAGUUGAAGAGUGUCUUUUUUUUUUAAGGUUUAUCUUCUAGACAACAAUGUACAUGUAUUGUACAAUGUCUUUGCCCAAUUAGUUGAGUAGGACUAGGCUGAACAUCUUAACUCUAACAGGGAUGUUGCAUAUUUUGCCUUAGGAAAAAAUAUGUCAAUAAGACUGUAGAAGUUUGAUUCACUUGCUGUUGGGGACCUAUAUGCCAAUGUUCGGCAGGAUGCUUGUACUGGUCUUUAAGGUCAUGAAGGUCACUCAAUUUUGGUGGCCAUUUACCAAAGUCAGUUGUUUAUCAAACAAAAUAAUUUAGAUUUAAUUUCUAGUGUAGUGGUAGUAUAGUGAAGUCCUUAAUACAGUGAUACUUUGUUAGUCAUUUCAAGACAUAGAUGUAGACUUUAUUUUUAUAAAGAUUUUUUCAUCAUUUACAAAAAAAGAAAAAAAAAAGAAACCUUUAGUAUUACACCAUGUAAGUUCAAAUUUUGUAAAAGACUGUUACACAAAAAUUCUUGAUUAAAGCUUUUUUUUUUUUCAGAGUAGCAUCAUCAUGAUAGUGUUAAUUUCUGUUUCAUCGAUUUCUAUACAUUUGGUUUUUAACAAGUAACAAGUUUACUUUACUUCAAGUAGCAUUUUAUUUUACUCAGAGCUAAUAAAGAAUGAAUGUAAAUAGUUAUGUUUACCCAGUUGUCUGUUAACUUUAUGUAUUUCAUCACCGUAAUAGUUGUAUCAACUGACAUUUUUUUCAAUGCACAUUCCAUCGUUUGUAAUAUAUCCUAGCCUUGUUACCACACAUUUAUCCACUGCAUCCGCUAUUAAAGAUUUAAAACACUUUG